AUGAGCCUCGCAGACGCUAACCGUCAAUACUUUGACUCCAUCUCGGAUACUUACGAUACCAAACCCUGGUUCGCAACCGUAAACAACCAAGUCACCAAUGCCCUACGCGGCGAUCUAUCCUGGAUCAGUAUUCCGUUCGUCAAUGUUCUCGCAGACGGACAAGAGAGUACAGGUACCCAGCAAGUCCGAAUGCUGGAUUAUGCCUGCGGUACAGGAUUAAUGACGAGGAUCUUCGCCCCCUACAUCACCCACACAACCGCCAUCGACAUCUCCCCAAACAUGAUCUCAACCUAUACUUCGCGCUUCGCGGCGGCGGCCGCCACCGCCCCCCAACCCCUCACCAUCACCACCGCAGUCGGCAACCUCUUCGACAAAUCCGACCCCAACCCCUCCUCCUUAGACGCCCCAGAGUUCCGCGACUUCGACCUCGCAACUGUAGGCUUCGGGUUCCACCACUUCGAAGACGUAGUAUAUGCUGCGCAGCAACUCAAGGAGCGGUUGAAGCCCGGGGGUGUUUUGGUUAUUAAUGAUUUUCUUGAGGGAGGAGAUGUCUUGGUAGAUGAGGAGGGGAAGAUGGUAGAGGGCAGUGAGGGGAAUCAUGCUGUGCAUCAUCAUGGCCAUGGUCACGGUCACGGUCAUAAGCACGAGCAUGAACAUAAGCACGACCACUCAUCUCAUGCCCACAAGCACGAUCACAGCCAUAAUCCUAGCGAAAAACACGACUCCAGCCUCCACAGCAAAAUGGCUGCUUCAGUCGUGGUACCGCACUUCACCAUAGACGGCGUGCGCGAAUUCUUCGAGAAGGCGGGUUUCGUCGAUGUGGACGUCAAGACGAUGAAAGAGAAGUCGUAUAUGGAGUUUGGAGGCAAGAAGAUGUGGCGAACGAUUUUGUUUGCGCGGGGAAGGAGACCAGCCGGCGAUAACAAGAAAAAGAGCGAAUUGUAA